GAUAGCACAGGGUGUACAUACACACAAACGGAUGGCUCCACAGGACAUUCAGAAGCACUUCAAGUACAGGAAUGUGUGGUUUGGAAUGCAAAAACGAAACAAAGUUCACGUGACAGAAUUAAAGUCAAAGUCGCCAGCUACGUUUCAAGACUCGCUACGAGCGACACUCAUCAUUGGCCAGGCGUUCUCUUUGAUCCCUGUUAUUGGGAUCUUCAGCAAGACUUCUGACGUCAGGUUCACAUGGUUAUCAUGGAAGUGUUUAUACCUCUUGCUAUCCUUGACUGGGCAGGUUUUCAUAUCAGUAAUGUGUAUACACAAAGUUGUUCACUCCCAGACCUCUCUCAAUGGAACAACUCCAAUAAUAUUCUACAGCACGACCUGUAUCACGAUGCUUGUGUUCCUGCAAGUUGCUAGAAAGUGGCCAGAUUUGGUUCAGUAUACAUCCAAGAUCGAGGAACUUGAUCCGAGCUAUGAUACCAAGCUUGCAUACAAAUGUAAUGGGACCUGCGCAGUUGUUUUGGCUCUGGCUUUAUUAGAACACAUACUAUCAUUAUUGUCAGCAUUUGCUGGUGCCAUGGAGUGCUAUCCAGAUCUCAGUCUAUAUGAAGGUUUUGUUAAGCAUUUCUAUCCUUGGGUCUUCAACUUUCUACCUUAUUCACCACUAUUAGGAAUUGUAACACAAUUUCUCCACUUCCAAUCCACUUUUAUAUGGAACUUCUCUGAUUUGUUCGUGAUAUGUAUGAGCUACUACCUGACGUCACGCCUCGAGCAUGUUAAUAUGAAAUUGCUUGGAGCCCAGGGCAAGUAUUUGCCUGAAGUAUUCUGGCGUAACACAAGGGAAGAGUACAGCCGUGCUGCGCAACUAGUUCGCAAAGUUGAUGACGUCAUCAGUGGUAUCGUCUUCAUCUCCUUUGCUAACAAUCUGUUCUUCAUUUGCUUGCAAUUGUUUAAUACAUUGGAGCACGGAAUAAAAGGCACAUCUGAAUGUAGCAGUCGACAACAAGGAGCAACAAUAUUUGGCGGCUACGAAGCGGCGAUAUAUUUCCUGUUCUCGCUGAUCUACCUGAUCAGCCGCUCAGUGGCGGUGUCGCUGAUUGCGUCCCAGGUGAACAGCGCGUCGGACACGCCGGCUCCUGUACUAUAUGAUGUGCCUUCGCCGGUGUACUGUGUUGAGGUGCAAAGAUUCUUGGACCAAGUGAAUGGAGACAAAGUUGCCCUGAGUGGCUUACAAUUCUUCAGUGUAACUCGGAGUUUACUUCUCACUGUAGCUGGUACGAUAGUGACGUAUGAGCUAGUGAUGUUCCAGUUCAACUCGCCUCAACCAUCGAGAAAUAGUACUGCACCAGUUAAUUAA